CGGUGUAUUAGCAGCACCGUCGCAGUUGAUGAUGUCAUAAUUCCUGGACUUGUAGUUUCACAGAGACAGUGAGUUUCUUAUAUUUAAACAUCGAAAGAUAGAUGCUUUUGAGGGAAACAGAUAUCAAAUUAAGCUAGCUCAGAAGCAAAAACGUCUGUCUAUUAAAAGUGCGUCUUUAAUGCGGCAUUAUAUAGCUCGUAUAGCUCGAAAAUAUGUCCGAUAUUCUUGCACGUGAUUGGCAAGGCUAGCUAGCUACGUGGCUAAUUGUCAUCCUCGGAGGACGUUGUCCGCUUGUAACUUUUGUUUAACAGUCUCUGCGAACUAUUCCAAAGAAGUUUGACAGCAGCUACAGGAAUGGCUGGUACCAGGAUGAAACUGGAACUGUCCCAUGUGGUUCAGGGGCGAAGUCGUUUGGGUGUACUGAAGGGGCUCGGUAAGACAGGGCAGCACUCAUUGGAGGUCCCGGGAUGUCUGCUGUACACACACUUUGGUUCAGUGCCCCAUCUCACCCAGGACACGCUGCAUUACCUCAACAAGCUUCCCUCUGUCACUCAAGUCACGCUUUCCAACAUAGCAGAGCAUCAAGAUGUGUUGGAGGAAUUUAAACGUGGAUUCAGGAAGUUUGCAGGCCUUCAUGACACGGUGUUGUACUGCUCCCUCCACGACCCCGCGGCCGCCUGUCCCACAGGUUACACCACCAACAAGACGGUGUCUGUGUGGGGCAGCGGAGGGCGGCUAGAGCUGACGGUGGCGAAGUUCAUGGCUCUCCAGAAGACGGUGCAGCCCGACUUUUACCAGAGCAUGGCCGACGGAGAGACCUGGCAAACCAACGCCUCCCGCAAAAGGGUUAGAAAGUCGGUGGAUCGAACCCUGGCGCAUCUAGACGAGUGUCUGCUGGUACAGCAGAAAUCCCAGCAGCCACAAGCUGUCGCCCAGCCAGGAAAAACCCCCAAAAUUGAUUGCAUGGCUGCAAACCAGAUGUUCCUGUGUACAAUGCAGGCACCUCCAGCACAGAGCACCGACAGAGCACCGCAGGAACUGGAUGGAGUUGAGAUGUUUGGGGUGGUGGAGGGAGGGGACAUCCUGGAGGAGAGGAUACGCUCUGCCAGGGAGACGGCCAAGAGGCCUGUGGCAGGAUUCUGCCUGGACGGCCUUCAGACGGGCUCCAUGGACCAGGCCCUGAGGACCCAGAUGAUCACGGCUGUAGCCAAGGAGCUGCCUGAGGAGAAACCCAGGCUGCUGCAGGGUGUGGGACGGCCGGACGAGGUUCUGGCGUGCGUGGAGGCCGGCGUGGACCUGUUUGAGAGUUUUUUCCCCUUCCAGGUGACGGAGCGAGGCUGCGCUCUCUGCUUCCGCUUCGACAUCUCCCCGGACCCCGAGCGCGCAGGUAGAGCGCCCCCCACAGUGCUGGGGCCGAAUGAAGAGGAGCACGCCGCAGGAGAAACACAACAGAAUGGAGAUCUUGAUUGUGAUGAUCAAACACAGAUGACAUGCUUUGAAAUGAAUCUCAAAGACAAAAGGUUUCAGGACGACUUCAGGCCCCUGAUGGAGGGGUGUGGCUGCUACUGCUGUAAGAACCACCAGAGGGCGUACCUGCACCACCUGCUGGUGACCAAUGAGCUGCUGGCUGGCGUCCUGCUCAUGAUCCACAACACGAGCCACUAUCAAAGCUUCUUUGGCGCCCUGAGAGAAGCUUUGGCCAACGACAAACUGGACCUUCUGAAGAAGCGGGUGCUCGGGGACGGAGGCCGGCCGACAGAAAGAAGAGAGUGAUGUGGAACAGCCAAAGAGAAAAAUGAAAGGCUGAACUGUGAACAGGCAGGAAGGAAACUUCUGAGCUGGGAUGUUGUGGUAAGAGAAAGUUUCCGGUAACGUGUUGCUCUGCCACAACUCACAUGAUAAGUUUUUAUACUGCAGAGACUUUAAAAUGACUCUUUGGUGUGCACGGUACACUUGAAGAGGACCGCUCCUUUCAAAUUUACGAUGGAUGAUGGUGGGCCUUUCCAACAAGUGUACCCUUCUCACUUGUGAAUGCCCGAAAGUUCUUACAGGGGAUAAUGAAUUAGCUGAAUACACCUCAGAUCUUUCUCUGUGUAAAGGAUGUUUCACAUUAAAUGGUUGAUUUGCAAAUAUAUUUUCUUGUUCCUGUU